UAGUGAGCAUAUAUUUCCCUUAUGAAGAUGGCGACGAGUCAGGGAGGACAGGGAUCUGCGGCGGUCCAGCUCCAGCACCAUCACCAUCAGCACCACCACUAUCUGCCCGGGCCGCAGUGGAGCAUCAGCGGCGCGCCGCCCCAGCCCCAGCCGCCACACACCGCGCGGAGCCUGGACCGAGCGCUCGAGGACGCCGCCAGCUCCGGGGUGUUGAACAUCAGCGGGAGGAAGCUGCGAGACUACCCGGGACUUAACUACGACCUCACGGACACCACGCACGCAGAUUUAUCUAAGAACUGUUUUGCAGAUAUCCCACCUGAAGUGUGUACGUUUGCCCCGCUGGAGUCUCUGAAUCUCUACCACAACUGUAUAAAGGUGAUACCGGAAGCCAUUGUUAAUUUACAGAUGCUCACGUACCUCAAUAUCAGUCGCAAUCAACUGUCUGUGCUGCCGAAGUUCCUUUUCAACCUGCCACUCCGGGUCCUAGUGGUCAGCAACAACAAACUGCUGUCCAUCCCCGAUGACAUCGGCAAGGCCAAAGACCUCAUGGAACUGGAUAUAAGCUGCAACGAAAUUCAGGUGCUUCCUGCUCAGAUGGGGAAACUCCUCACCUUACGGGAACUCAACAUCAGGAGAAACUGCAUACAAGUCCUGCCUGAUGAGCUGUCUGAUCUGCCAUUGAUCCGUUUGGAUUUCUCCUGUAAUAAGAUCACGGAAAUACCCUCGUCUUACCGUAAACUGUGUCAGCUGCAGCACAUCGUCAUUGACAACAACCCCAUGCAGUCCCCACCCGCUCAGGUCUGUCUGAAGGGCAAAAUCCACAUCUUCAAAUAUUUAAACAUGCAGGCUUGUCGGCUGGAGAAGAAGCCUGACUCAUUAGACCUGCCUUCGCUGGGUAAACGCUGCUUAGCACAGCAGCUAACUGACAGCAUCGAGGAUUUUUAUCCCAGUAAAAACCACGGACCUGAUUCAGGUAUCGGCAGUGACAACGGUGAUAAGAGACUAUCCACUACAGAGCCCUCUGAUGAUGACACUGUCAGUCUACACUCUCAGGUUUCAGAGACGGUGCGAGUCGAAGCCCAGUCUCUCCUCUGCAAGCUGGACACAAAUAAAGAUCAGGACCCGUAUGACUUCAUUGACCCAAACCCAGAGGAGGACGCAGCUCUUUCUGAGGCCGACAUGCAGCAGAACACCCCCUACGUGACCUGCAUCAAGGAGCUGGAGAGGGUUCUUCAAACUCACCAAAGCAAAGACAAGGAGAACGGGAAGGAGGAGUCUGGCUCAGAGAAAGAGCAGCUACUGGAGGAAGAGGAGGAUGAACUAAAGGAAGUUUUGGAUCUGAGAAAGAUCGCAGUGCAGCUUCUACAGCAGGAACAACAGAACAGGAGGCGGUCCUUAAUCUGUAGGGCCGAAAGCCUAAUCCACCGAAGAAGGGCUCCAGGGAGGGCGCACAGGUUCCUCAGCCAUUCAGGAGGAAGCAGUAAACAGAGAGCUCCAUCACAAGUUAGGAGUGCAUCAUUGGACGAGGGGACGAGCGCUUCAUCGCCGAUGUGUGGACAGGACGGAGACCUCACAGAUAAAGACACGGCAUUUUUUGAGCCGUCUUCAUCCUGCUCGUUCGAUGGGAGCUUGAGGUCGGAGAACGGCGACGGCGAGCCCAAAUGGCCGGAGCUGCCCCCCAUCCUGAACCAGAACGAAGAGCGGAGACGCAACAAAUACCUGAGGAAGGAUUAUCUAAAGUACAAGUGCCAAAGUGCGAGAAGAAACUCGGCCGAGAACGACUGUGAGGAGGGAAUGCACUCGGCCGACUUCAGCACAACACUGACUGUCUUUGGUUUAAAGCCCAGAUCAGCGUUUUCUCGUAACACUCGUCAGGAUUACAGCCCGACAGACCCGAGCUUCACCAUGAGGAGGAAGAUGGAGCACCUCCGAGAGGAAAUGGAGCAGAUACAUCUUCUUCGGCAGAACCUGGAAUCCAGGCUGAAGGUUUUGCUACCAGAUGAUGUCGGUGCCGCUUUAAUGGACGGUGUUGUUUUGUGCCAUCUGGCCAAUCAUAUUCGACCUCGCUCUGUGGCCAGCAUCCACGUGCCCUCUCCAGCAGUACCGAAGCUGAGCAUGGCUAAGUGCCGCCGGAAUGUGGAGAAUUUUCUGGAUGCGUGUAAGAAGCUCGGAGUGCCGCAGGACAAGCUGUGUUUGCCUCACCACAUCCUGGAGGAGCGCGGUUUGGUCAGGGUCGGCGUCACCGUUCAAGCCUUACUGGAUUUGUCAUCGUCCAGACCGAUUCAGACGUCCACCAUGUAGCACUAACAGCGGGGUAAAGCUCCCCGAAACGGGACACGCGGGCGUUCCCUGGCAUCUUCCAUCAUGCCUUACGCUUCUCCGCCUCCGGGAGAGCGCUGUCCGAGCGGACGUUACUGCCCUUUACCUCUACAGAUACAGUGGCACUGAGGUCUAGAAGCUUCUAGUCCAACACCGUGUUCACUACUCAGAGUCUGAGAGUCCAAACAGCACACGAUUAACUUAGGAAAGAAGAGAAGCACUUCUGUUUCCAUCCACAUUUCACAUCGGUCUGCUGGUAUAAGAAAGGGAUCAAACGGGCACCUUCUAAGCACGCAGAACUUCAUUGAACUCAUUGGCUAGAAUACAGUCGUGUACAUAAUUAAAAACUGUUUUUUACACAUUUUAAAGACUUAAUAAAAGUGGUUUUGCGUGCAGACAUGGACACAC